GUGGAGUGCAGCGCAGGCUCACGCCGCACACCUGGCGAGCCCUGGCCCAGCGCCUGUCCCGGCGCCGUCCACCAGUGAGGUCGUCCGCACCACCAUCAUGCCGCGCAUGGGCUGGAAGCUCUCUGGCUCUGAGACCCUCAAAGUCCCCCUAGCGAAGCUGUCCGUCCGCAUGGCCACAUCCAUGCAGCUGGACGAUGUGGCCACGCGGCAGGCGGACCUACACGAGGAUAAUGAGCGCGCGGCACAGGGCCUGCCGCUGCGCGCUGUGUUGCGGCGGGAGGACCUGCCAGCAGCUGCGGCUGCAACGCUUGGCGCCAUUAGGGACACCCUGGCGCGCCUUUGGCAGAAGGUACGCUGGGAACGGCGACACUUUGAGACGCUGUGGCGGUUGGCCAUCGACGCAGUGCCGCUGCCGGGAAACUCGCACAUGCCGUUGGCUCGCCGUGAACCAUGCGGCUGUGGGCAGCACGGCCAUGGGGGCGCCGCGGCGGAGGCACACGCCGCCGCCGCGCCACGGCAGCACCACUUCUGGGAUUGCGCGGUGGCGAAGGCCGUGGUGGCGCAGAUCAACGCACACAACCCCGGUCCGGCUCCCAUCAGCCAAGCCCAGCUGUGGCUGGUCCAGGCGCCGCCGGGUUUUCAGCAGUGUGUUUGGGACGUGGUGGUGAUGGCGGCGCUGGCCACCACAGAACAUGGCCGGGUGCGGCUGCGCGGGAUGACGCGCGCCGCAGCGGCCCUGGAAAUUCAGACGGCGGCAGCAGCAGCUCCCGAGGCUGCGGUGGCAGGUGCAGUGGAGGCGGAAUUCGAUCUUGACGAGAUCCCGCCCACACAGCUGACGCCGCCGCAGCCAGGCGUCAACCCCGUCGAGCUUGCGUGCGCUCGUGCAGUCGCAGGACUUCUGGUCGCGGCUGAUGCAGUUCGCGCAGCUCGGCGUGCCCCAUAAGGGCUGGGAUGGUGUUCACGCCACUCACCCCAUCCUGGCGGUGGUGAACGGUGAAAUGCUGUGCGCGUUGCCGCAAGCUAUAAAGCUGGAGGCUUGAAAGGGAUCAACCAGGGGGGGGUAGAAAGCUCAGAUUCUUACCCCAUGCUCAAAAUUACAGAGCUUUAGGAGAGCAUUAUGCACGUACUUUUAGUUUCUUAAGGGGGUGUCUGGUGAGGAAGUUCUGGGCCGCCAAAGUUGGGGGGUCAGUCCUCGUCCCUGGGGGUCCGUCGGGUUUCGGGAGCCCAUCCCGGCGGAUUUCGGGAAGCGCCCCACAAGCAGAACUAGGGACCAAACGCAGCAGUACGAGGCUCAUAUGUGCACGUUAUGACGUAAUAAGCACAAACAAAGCGUGGGAGGGCUAAGUUGCGCGUCCGGGCGUGGACAUGUCGGGACAUGUCUCCACAUUCAACACAUGCGCACUGACACAGCUUGGCUCUGAAGCGCUGGUGCGCUCGAGUUCACGUCUAACAAGGCUGCCGGUGCACAUUGUCCAUUCGUCACGCGGCAGAGAGUUGAGCGCGGGGUGGUCUGGGUCGAGGGGAUUGCCAUGGAUAGGAUCCCGCCGGUGACCGAAGUCUCAGAACAGGACCGCUGAUGACACGGAGUGAUAGUGCUCGUCAAGAGGAGUCGAUUGACACCACUUUGGUAUCAAAUGGAGGGGUUUUAACCCCUGAACAACAAGGUUUUGUCCGUCGGGGGGUCGGUCGUCCCCUCAAGGGGGGUCCCGGGGGAUUUCGGGGCAUGGGGUCUGGCACUUUGUUUCCUACCCCCCCCCCUGGAUCAACCCUUAGGAUAAGCGCGUGAGCACUAACAUGAGCCACUGAAGCAGUGGCAUACGAGAGGGUCAGCAGGGGAGCCUAGUGGGCAGGCGAAGGGUUUUUGGGCUGAGCCCCCCCAGCGCAGCGUUCCAGGGGGGGGGCGAAGCCCCCCAGGAACACCCCUGUCCGUGGCUGCGUUCGUGCGUCGGCAAAACAUAGCAUACUGGCGCAAACCGCGACUACUACGUAUUAGUAUUUGUUAAUGCCUAUUGCAUGUAAAUAGGUGGCAGGGAAAAUUCGGGCGGAGCGAGAAGUGCCUUCGCGCGUCCAUGGACAAUUGACUUCCGCGAGGUCGCGAGGAAAGCAUCCGGUGCCCGCUGAUAUGCAGUCUAUAAGGCAAACUAUGUUGGCGGCAAGCAAAGCGGGGAAGUAUAUCGAAAGUUUUGAGCGACUUGCUGAGCCAUGCCUGCCGACGCGCCAGAAUGCCGAGAAGCCCCGAGGUCGCCCCCGCCCCGCGCCUAGCCCUUUGAGCGUGGGGCGCCGGGGAGGUGUUGAGUAUGGCAGGAGGCGAAAGAAAUGCUUGGGGUGUUUGGGAACGUGACAAGGCACGCAUGCGUGGCGCGGGAAAUCCCGCACGACCCCAACCCGAGUGUCCCUAGCCGAUGCGCCUGCGCGUCGUAGCGGCAUGGAGGCUCUGACGGGGCGUUACACGCCUAUCAGCUCCCAAGCGUACGGGGGCUCAGCCCAUUUUCCAGCUGUACAAAGCUGACACCCCUUGUUGUUUUACGCCCGUGGGAGCAGGGCCAGGUUUGCGGGGUUCUUGCCUGUGAGGGUGUUUUUGGGUGCUGUAGCACCCCGGGCCUUACGGCCUGGACCGGCCUAGUGGCCAGACGCGUUUGUGGCUGCCCGUAGGCAUAGUCUGCCCUGCCGUCGAGAGCUGGUUAGGUUGCGGUUGAGGUCGUGCAGGCUGCGGGGUCGUAGGACUCAGCCCCACAGCCACCGUGGUCGUGCUAUCGCGUGCUGUCGCGUGCUGCGUGCUGCGUGUUUUGUUAUGUUUGCUGUUUUUUUGUUUUCUGCCCGCCUGGUCUUAAGAUGUAGCUCGCCCGCUGGGUCUGAGGUUGUUACACCGGUAGUAAUUCCGCAAGGGUUACUGGCGCGGUGAAGGGUCGGAGUGCGUUACCCUGUGGACUCCAGAGCUGUUUGCGCUCUGCCGGGGAAACGCCAGGUCACGGCAGCCCUCGAUUGAGAGCCCUGUCGUUGGUUAUACCAGAUACACGAUUCACAUGAUCUGGCAGAAUAACCGUGGAAACCG